UUUCAAGAUGACAAGGCGAUGGCAUGAUCGGCCUCGAUUCUCGAUGGUGAUCUGUAACUUGUCUUUCUUGAUCGACUUCACUUGCAAGCCAUCGUAAUUGUUGUGUGGAUUUGUGGCUGCCAGAAGGAAUACUGUUGACGGAAGCGGACUACUCGAUAUGCAUGCAAUCUCGAGUUCCCACCGCGGCGUCAAUGCCGUGCUCUCCCGGCCUCUAUUCUUACAGCGUUUCGCAUACCCAAACCAAUUUUAGACUCUCAUCGGCAAAGAUGGUCUUUUUCUGAUGCUCGUGAUCCAUGCUUUAGUCGUAACUUUACCGUCUGUUUUCAGUCGUCGGUGCUAGCAAUUGGCGCUCUAAGUUACGAGGCGUGGUCCGCCCGGGUAGGCAUUUGAAUGAAUGAUCCAGCCAAAACCGCAGGCGCCGACCCGCAUACUCCGAACAGCCGGCACUCGCAAGUCUAUCGGGCUCGAUUGCAUCCCUGCCCUGCUGCUUUUGUUUGCCCCAAUACCAUACCAUCUGCGCCAGUCCACUCGACUAAGCAUAAGCGACGCCGUUACGCCGGUUCGGACCUCGGAAAUUUGCAAGUUGAAAGAAGAACCACUCCAGACCUACCGGGAUCAUUCGUCCUAGCGCUGAGGGCGGGAAGGACCCGAGCGAGUCUAGGCCGUUUUCCUCUCACGACGGAAGGACGCCGGCCGACAGGUGGA